AGCAAGAUAGGAAGUUGUAGUGCAGAAGCACAAUUUUUUUUUUCUAUGUAGUAUAAGCCUUUUGUGAGAACUCUAAUAUCCAAUUACCCUUCCUAUUUCAUUCUUUAGAGUUUUUUUUAUCUGUAGUAUCAAAUAUCCAGCAAUUAAUAAUCUACUACUCAGAGCAUCUUCAAGAAAGAAGUAAAUGAAGAGAAUCAAUUGAGCACAAGAUAUCAAGUAGUUUCACAAUGCAAUUUGCGAUUCCCAGGGAUAACACCAAUGAGAUCCAAAAUGGAAGACGAAGUGGAGGUUACAAGCCUACUCUUUGGGAUUUCAACUAUAUUCAAUCGUUCAAAUUUGAGCAUAAGAAAGAAAAGCACCUCGAAAAGGUGGAGACUCUGAUUGAGAAGGUGAAGAAGUUGUUGCUACUGGAACAACGUUUGGAGCUGAUCGAUGAUCUACGAAGGCUGGGUAUAUCUUGUCAUUUUCGAAACGAAAUCGAUCAAAUAUUAAAUUCCAAAUAUUUGGAGAAGAAUGAGUCAGAUGAAAGGGAUUUGUACUCCACAGCUCUCAGAUUCAGACUCCUCAAACAAUACGGCUUCACCGUCUCUCAAGAAGUGUUUGAUUGCUUCAAGAAUGACAAGGCUACUGAUUUCGAUUCCAAAGGAUUGUUACAACUCUACGAAGCUUCGUUCCUAGCAACACAUGGCGAAGAAACCCUAGAAAUUGCUAAACAAUUUGCUACUAAAUCUCUGAAGAAAAGAGUAGUUGAUCAUGAAAUUGAUGACAUUCAUCUCUUAUCAUUAGUUAAAGCUGCAUUGGAGUUCCCUUCUCAUUGGAUGGUUCAAAUGCCAAGCGCAAAAUCCUUCAUCGAUUCUUAUAAAAGGCGAUCGGACAUGAAUCCAUUUGUGCUAGAGUUAGCCAUACUGGACAUAAACAUUGCUCAAGCACAAUUUCUAGAAGAACUCAAGGAGACAUCUAGGUGGUGGGAGAGUAUUGGGCUUGCUCAAGAGCUUCCCUUUGUUAGAGAUAGAAUAGUGGAAAGUUACUACUGGACGACUGGAGUCGUUGAACGUCGUGAACAUGGAUUCGAGAGGAUAAUGCUCACCAAAGUAAUUGCUCUUAUUACGGCUAUAGACGACAUCUAUGAUGUUUAUGGUACUCUUGAAGAGCUCCAACUAUUCACAUAUGCUAUUCAAAGAUGGGAUACUGAAUCAAUUGACAAACUUCCCACUUACAUGAAAGUAUGUUAUCUUGCACUAUUUAACAUUGAGAAUGAGAUGGCUUACUAUACUCUCAAGGAUAAAAGCUUCAACUCCAUCCCAUUUCUACGAAAAGCGUGGAGUGAUUUGACUGAGAGAUAUUUGAUAGAGGCAAAUUGGUACCACAAUGGGCAUAAACCUAGGUUGGAAGAAUACAUCAACAAUGCUUGGAUAACAGUAGGAGGUGUUUGUGUUCUAUCCAACCUUUUCUUCCGGCUAACGAAUUCGAUAGAGAAGGAGGCUGUUGAGAGCGUGCAUAAAUACCAUGAUAUUGUUCGUGCAUCGUGUACUAUUGGAAGGCUCGUUGACGACAUGGGUACAUCACUGGAUGAGGUGGAGAGAGGCGACGUGCCAAAAGCAGUCCAGUGUUACAUGAAUGAGAACAAUGCUUCGGAAGAAAAGGCGCGAAAGCAUGUUCGAUCACUCAUAGAGGAGACAUGGAAGACGAUGAAUAAGGAAAUGAUGGAUUCUCCAUUUUCAAUAUAUUUUGUAGCAGUUUGUGCUAAUCUUGCUAGAAUGACACACCAUAUGUACCAGAAGGAAUCUGAUGGAUUUGGAAUGCAACACUCAUUGGUUAACAAACAGCUCAGAAGAUUGCUCUUCGAACCCUAUGUAUAA